UAGAGUCCAUAAACAAGUCUCAGAUAAGGGGACACGCAGGACCGACCCUCCCCGUGGGCAGUGGCUCCUAAAACCUCUCAACGUGACACUGUUUGUUUCCACGGUGCUGUCAGGGACACCUUUCAUUCCUCUGAGUGGAUGAACUGUGCGGAGUUUGAGGACCAAACACUCGCGAAACUUUUCAACUUUUGAAUACUUUGUGGUAUUGACGUUGAUGGGACAUGGCGAUGGCCCGUCCAUCAACAUCAUCAGCAGGACCAGCUGCAGCAUCUAACCCAGAGCUCCCAUGCCUGGGGGGCAUUGAGGCCUUGAAAUUGAAGGUGGGACCGGUGCGGAGGAACCUCUUUGGGCCAGUGGACCACCAGCAGCUGCAGAAGGACUUCGAGCGGCUGCUCUGCAUGAACGUGGAAGUGGCCAAGAAGCGCUGGAACUUCGAUUUCCAGAGUGAAAUGCCGGGAGAGGGCUCCAACAUCGAGUGGGAGGAGCUCAGGUACCAGGAUGUGCCGGCGUUUUACCGCAGCUGCACGGUCAGGCCAGUGACGCGUCCGGUGACCAAGAGGCGAACGUUGUCCUCGUCAGGGGAGAGUUCCCCAGGGUCCAGCAGCUCGUCCGGGUCUGGGGAUGAGUACCUAGAGGUGACCACAAGGGGGUGCUACCGGAUCCAGUGGCAAGGAAAACGCAGACAGGCUGCCAUCACAGAUUUCUUCAAGGUGAAGAAGAGGAAGCUUCUGCAUUACAAAGCAUCCUCUCGACAGUAGAGCAGCACUAGACCCAGCGACGAUCACUUUGUGGUCGACACCCCUCUACACCUCACCUCAUAUAGAUAUGUGUCAUAUCAUAUGUAUAUAUGUAGCAAUUUGUAACGGACUGUCCGCAAGCUCAUUUAGCAUGGGCUUAAAAACUCCUCUGACACCAUAUACCUUAAAUGUUCAGCACAAGGAAGCUACCAUUUUCCUAGCUAAUCAAGCUCAGACUUUAGGAACGGUUUUUGUUGAUAAUUAUAUAUAUGAUAUUGUUAUUCUACAUACUGUUUUCCUCAGCUUUUGACUAUACUGUGAAAUGAUGUUGAAUGCACUCUCAACAGAAAACAGGCUCUAGUUGUAAGAGGUCAAUUUGCCUAUGAACGGGCCUCGGAUAGUAUUUGACCUCUACCUUUUUUCUCCCUCUUGCUAAAAGUCAUAAGAGGUUUUGAUUAGAUGAGUUACUAUUCCUGGCCUCGCAACACACUUAGCCUUUAGUCUCACCCCAGGGCCCCGAUAACAUGAGUCAAGCCGGAGGUCAAAACCUCGUGCUGCUCAAAAAUUGGCAGUGCAACAGUGAUUAGCUCCAGGGCAAAGGUCAACGGUGGAGGCUCAGUGAUGAGGUAAUGCGGCUGACCUGUACAACAGUGACUUAAAUUCCUAUGUGACUAUUUAUUUAUUAUUCACGAUGCUAGGUCAUCGUCAAAAACAAAAACAAAAAAAAAAAAUUUGAAAAGCAAUGCAAUGUGUAAAACGAGGUAAUACAAGGUGUUUGUGGAAACCUGUGCCAUCGCCCCCAAAUUCUGCCUGAGACAUAAAGUCAUUAUGGCUCACCUUCAGUCCACCGUUGCAACUUAAAAAUAUCAGCCAUUUAAACAAAAAACAUACAAACUACAAAUGAUAUUCCCUUUUUGCUUUGUAUUAUUUGCAUAACGGGGCUGUAAAAAUCUAUAUAUUUUUUUGGCAACAGACCAGAACAUACCUUAUUUAGUUGUAUGUUUUGUCAGCUUUAUGCUUGUAAUGUAGCAUUUCCCACUCUUUGCCUUCAUGUGACGUCAUGUAGGUGUUCAAUACACCUCUGUCCUCCAUGAAGAGAGUGUAGUGUUUUAUCACUGUGUCGCAGCUCGGAGGAAUCCAAACUUUUGGUUCCACUUUUGCUAAUUUUUUUUUUUUUAAUAUGAAGAGUCGGAGCUGCUUCACUUUUUCUCUGUUCCUGUGCUGUUCUAUAAGUGUUUGUGUACAUAUGCAUAUGUGUUUGUGUUUGUGUAUGAAUGUGCUGGUUUGGUGUUUAUCUUGAGGUUUUUUUUUUACGAGUUGUGGCAGCUGAGGCAGUUGAACCAAAGAGAAAUUGCGGUGCCAUUAAAUUAGAAACACAUCCUUUGUACAAGUCGCUCGCUGUUUGAGUGAUAAGUCACGGGGUCACAGAAAGUCCCAAACACGUCUAGCGCUUCAAAUAUGUAGUGUAAACACACCACAACUGCUCAACUGACAGUUUUGGUGACUCACAGGGGCAGAUCAAGGGGGUGUUUCUGGGGCUCCAGCCCCAAAAUUUACCCAAAAGCCUCAAAUCUGGGCUAAAACUCUAAUGUAACCCAGCUAGACAUUGAUUUUCUGAACCUUACUCCAGCAUAGCAUCACAAAAACAGGGUUCAAGAUUGGUAGUGCUGUUAAAUCCAAAUUUUUCCCCAAACAUCGGGCAUUUUUUAGGCGUUCUGUUAUCUCAAAUGGCUUGAAAAAAAAAUGUAUAAAGCUGCCACAAAUGAUAGGAAAAAAAAAUUUACUGACCCUGCCCUAAGUUUAUGCUGAGCCCAGAGUGUUGGCGUCUGGCUCCGCCCCUGGUAACUGUGCCUACUCUUUUCCCUACGUACAGUCAUUCUAAUUUGUACAUGGAUAAAAAGCCAUAGGAUUAAUCCACUCUUACUACCUCAUAAAGUAAUUCAGUAAACAUACAAAUAAAAACCAGCGUAGCUCAGGUUGUUUGCAUCUACAGGUGAAAGAGAGAUGGAGAGACAGAACCAGGGGGGUGGGUUCUUAUGUUGUUGUGGUAAAAGCUGUCGAGGUUCAGCGCUCCGUGUAGAGUUUCACAUCAGGUAAAAGAGUCAGUGUGUCAGAGCGGGGCCCCAGCUCCGAGCAGAGGAAACUCCGCUCCCUCUGGGGUGGGGGGGGUUGAGGCAGCUUUUGUUCACUUGGUUUAGACAGCUUCCCCCCAGAAAUAGACAGAGCCGAGGGAUAGCGGUGGGGGGAAGGACGAGGAAAAAAGGGACAGAGUUUAAUAAGGGAACCUUCGCGAGAAAACGUCCCAGACCCCUCGUGGAUCAAAGGAUCUCUCCAGCCAGACAAGUGGCCUGUGAUUCAGACACGCUUUUGUCUGCCCCCCUUUAAAGCCUCUCAGUCUCUCUUUCAUGAACCAAGCGCCUCAGUCUCGGCGAGAAAUCGGCAUGAAAGCAGUCGUUCAUAAUCAUGUUAAUUCUAUCGUGGCUCAACAAGGCGAUACUUCACAGAUCUCAAAACAGCAAACACGGCUAUUUGAAAUUGUUUUAAAUAAGUCAGAAUUACUUGUUUGUUUUGUCAACUUAUCUACGUGUGUGUGUGAGUGUGUGUGAGACAUUGUGUGUGUGCACCUAUCUUCUCAAAACUUUUAAAGUCUAUAAUAACUUAUUUUGAGUUUGUAUCAUUUGUUAUAUAGGGAGAUAAUUAUAAAGUCCCUAUUUCCUUUGGUAUAACUAACUAAUUGUGUUAUUUCUGAAACUAUAUCUUUGCACUACUUUAAACAUUGUUGACAAGAGAACUAUUUUUUUAUGGUAAUCUUUUAAAAAAACCCAUACAAAUACUCACUGAGAAACCGAGGCACGGAUCAGGACAUUUCUUGACAUGUAUUUAUUUUUUCCUCCGAUCAGACAUGCUGUUAAACAGUUUUUAACAUUUGUUAAUUAGGAUUUUUUUUGUAGCCUUGUUAGUCUUCCUCAAGUCCGUUGGGUGGAAAAAGUAAAUCAAGGAAAACUAAAAUGAUAAAAGUCAAGACAGAUCUGUUAGUGUCUCACUGUGCCCAAGCAAACUUGGCUUUCCUUACUCAGCUCUCGCAGCUAUAUCAAAGUGUAGCGUUUUUUUUUGUUGUUGUUGUUAAACUUUGUAUAUGCAUGAAUGUAUGAUAAUCUUUGUACACCAUUUGUAAUAAUUUCAUGGUAAUUUAAAUGCUGUUGUGCGUACCUUUGCAACAUGUAAGAAGUGUAUUUGUAUGGGAUCAGAAUCAUAUCCUUUUUGAUGAUGUUUGUAAAGAAAAUAUAUUGUUGGGUUGUUGGUGCACUGUUGCCUUUCGUGUUGUUGAUUUCAUAUAGCGUGCUCAAAAUAAUAAAAUGAAUGAAUGAGACUGAUACAAACUACAAAA